AUGGAGUCCAAAACCCUCACUCACCUCAUAGAACAAAUCUACCGCCUCUCAGUCGAUCAGCUAGGCCAAACCGCUCAAAAAACUUACUGAGAAAGCUCCCAUUUGAAACAAGCCAAAGUCAAACUGGUUAUUUACUCUAUAAAAUCCUCCAUUUUGCCUAUUCUUCAGGAUAUCCCAGGCGGGAUUACGGAAGAAGGAACGGGUCAAGCAGGAAGUUGAGAAAGUAUUAAGGAAUUUGAAGAUAUUUAUCAGCAGUUGUUCACUGAUGAAGAGAUGGACAUUAAGGAAAAAGUUGAGUUUUUAGGGAUUUUUAUGAAGAUUUUUAUGGCAAAUGGAGGGUAUUCAAGGUGCCAAGCUAUCCUAGACCUCUUUAAAACUAUUUUUGAGCAAAAUAAACAGGAUGAUUAUGUAGUUUUUAUGUAUUAUUGUGCUUAUCUCGAGGUAACCUCAUCUUUUAUGGGGCUUUCAGUACAAACUCCUGAAGAGUAUUGCACUCAGAUCUUUGAAGAUAUUCCCAGCAGAAAGUUUACAGAAGAGAUGAUCACUGAGCUUGAAUUUCGAAGAGGCAGACUUUGUUUAGAUUUCUAUCAAAGCACUGGAAAUCUUGAGAAAUGUGUUGAGAUCAAUCAAGACCUUAUCAAAAUAUGUAAAUCAACUAAGCUCUUGAGAUACAUGUCUGAAGUGCUGGAUUACAAUUUUGAAUCCGCUCAGAAGUCUGAUGAAAACAUCCAGAGACAGAUAGAAGAAGUAUAUGCUUUGAUAGAUACUGAAUUGGCUACCCAUAUUGACCCUGAUUUCUGCCUUGCAAAUCUCAGUAAAUCCUUCACUAAUAUCGCUAUCGGUGUGAAGGAUAAAGACAAAGAGAAAAUUGCUAAGGCGAGUGCUAUGAUAGAGAAGAUAGUCAAACAUCAUGAUUUUCAGCAGAGUCAUAUCACUUAUAACAUUAUGUAUUCUCGCUUUUAUCGAUUGAUCAUUGAUAGACAAUCUUAUAGCAGAGUAGAUGUUGAUAAAACAACUAAUGAGCUAUCUAAACUACUAGAGCUCGAACCUUAUGAGAGAAAUUAUCACAGUGUAUAUCCUUUCACUAUUUGGAUACAGAUUCAAAAGGUGCUAGGGAUACAAGGAGAUUUCACCCUCGUCAUGAAAUAUGCAGAUUUGUUAGAAGAGGAUAAACUUUCAUAUAUCAACUAUGUCUGCUUAUUAGAACCUCUGAUGGAUCAGACUGUCAAGCCUUAUGUUGAUAAAGCACUCAAAUUCUGUGAAGAUCUGGGAAUAGAUAGUUUUAAAAGCUUUAAUUUUAACCUUAGAAUGCAAGAUUAUGCUAUCAGACUGAGAACCCCUGGCUCUAACUCAUCAAGAGAAAUCCAGAAAUCUCUUGAAGAGUUGACCUCAGAGUACGAAGCAAAGGAUGAUCCAGCGUUAAAGCUAAGACUCAAGAGAAUGUAUUUGACCCUAAUCCAACUUGCAAAUAUUUUCAACGAGCCUCAGAAAUACAUUAAUGUAUCAUUAAAGUAUCUUUCUCUGCUUGAUAAACUGUCGCCUCAUGCUGAACAACUCUAUGACAAAGUAUUCAUGAUCAGCAUGAAGGAGAAAAAUUUUGUAAAGGCAGUCAUGUGUUGUAAGAAAUUCUACGAAGAAGCCUCUAAAAGUGGAGAAGUAACUAAGGCUCUAUACCUCGCCCUUAGGCAAAAAGUAACGUUUGCAGUGGAGACUAAAAACUCAAUACCUUUCUCACAGGAUUCUGAACAGUUUGAAAAUGUCACACUGGCUCUUUAUAGUGAGAACUCUGCUGAAUAUAUCGAGACUCUGAAGAUAUUGUCCCAAGGGAACAAUUUUCUUAACAAGAUUGAUAAAGCUUAUGAACAGCUCACCAGAGGUUACGAAAUUGCAGAAAAGCUGUAUGAAACAGAAGUAAACCAGCAUUGAGUAGAUAUCGUCAUCUUCAUGGCUGUCCUUAAAAGAGACUGCGGGGAGAUUGAUCAAGCCAUUAUUUUGGCCAAGAAGGCUAGAGAAUUACACGAGCAGCUACCUCAAAACCCUAUUUCUUCAAAUAUUUACGAGCGUAUAUUACAGCUUCAAGGGUAUCUUAGUGAUAUCAAGAAGGCUAAGCAACUUUAUGAUGAGGAAUUAGCAAGAUCAAAGAGAAACAAGAAAAUAAAAAUAGCAGCAUUGGUAGGUAGUGUUGGACUUGUCGUCGGUGGAGCUCUAUGGUGGCUCAUUAAAAAACCUCAAUCCGAAGCUUAAAUUCAA